UGUCCACUUCUCUAUGGGAAACUCAAGUUAAAAGCAACCCUUUAACUUCUCUCCCUUGUUAUAACUUCUCUCCCUUUAACACACACUACUAAAACCAAACACAGUGCUAAAAGUAUUGCCUCUUUGAACUAAUUUUGGCCAAUGCCUCUUCACUGUGUAGCACCAAAACCAGAAAAUUUUGGCACUGAAUUGAUGGCAGCUCCAUCGAUGAACUCAGAGUCCUUUACACAAAGGGCCUUGUUUCCCAUAACUUUGAAGUUUGAAGAAAUAGUGUACAAGAUAACAAGCACAAAAGAGAAGACUAUACUAAAUGGAGUGACAGGAAUUGUGUGCCCAGGGGAGAUGUUAGCAAUGUUAGGUCCAUCAGGUAGUGGAAAGACUACCCUCCUAACAGCUUUAGGAGGCCGUCUUUCGGGAAAAUUAUCAGGGAAAAUUACAUACAACAGCCAGCCAUUCUCUGGAGCUAUCAAACGUAGUACUGGAUUCGUGGCACAAGACGAUAUCCUAUAUCCUCAUCUAACUGUAACAGAAACUCUCCUCUUCACAGCUCUGCUUAGGCUUCCCCAAAGCCUAAGCAAAGAGGAAAAAGAACAGCAUGUGGAGCAUGUUAUUAUGGAGCUCGGAUUAAACAAGUGUAGAAACAGCAUGAUUGGAGGACCAUUAUUUAGAGGGAUAUCAGGUGGGGAGAAAAAGAGGGUAAGCAUAGGUCAAGAAAUGCUAAUCAACCCAAGUUUACUAUUGCUAGAUGAGCCUACUUCUGGUUUGGAUUCUACUACAGCUCUCAGGAUUCUAACUACAGUUAAGCGCCUAGCAAACGGUGGCAGAACUGUAAUCACUACAAUCCACCAGCCAUCCAGUAGGCUUUACCAUAUGUUUGAUAAGGUAGUCUUGCUUUCUGAGGGCUGCCCUAUCUACUAUGGUCCUGCGUCUACUGCCUUGGAAUACUUCUCCUCUGUUGGUUUUUCCACAUCCAUCACUAUUAAUCCUGCUGAUCUUUUGCUCGAUCUCGCCAAUGGAAUUGGACCUGAUUCCAAGCAUGCAAUUGAGCAAGGUGACAACACUGAACAGGAGAAGAAAUCUGUGAGAGAAGCUCUCAUAUCUGCAUAUGACAAAACCAUUUCUACUAGGUUGAAAACUGAGCUAUGCAGUUUAGACACCAAUAAUUACAGUUACAAAAAGGAUGUUUCGACAAGAAAUGGUGUGAAGUCAGAGCAAUGGUGCACAAGUUGGGGCUAUCAAUUUAAGGUGCUGCUACUAAGGGGGCUUAGGGAGCGAAGAUACGAGACCUUCAAUAGACUUAGAAUCUUCCAAGUAAUAAGUGUAGCAUUUCUUGCAGGACUAUUGUGGUGGCAUACUCCAACAUCUCACAUUGAAGACAGAAUUGCAAUGUUGUUCUUCUUCGCGGUAUUUUGGGGUUUCUAUCCACUCUACAAUGCAGUUUUCACUUUUCCUCAAGAAAGAAGGAUGCUCAUCAAAGAGAGAUCAUCAGGAAUGUACCGACUCUCAUCAUAUUUUCUAGCUAAAACUGUAGGAGAUCUUCCCUUAGAACUGGCACUACCGACAGCGUUUACCUUCAUCCUAUAUUGGAUGGGUGGACUCAAAGCUAACCCUGCCACCUUCAUCCUAUCUCUUCUAAUAGUCCUUUACAGCGUACUCGUUUCUCAGAGCCUCGGUCUAGCUUAUGGUGCUAUGCUCAUGGAUGUGAAACAGGCGACUACUUUAGCAUCGGUCACAACCUUAGUCUUCCUAAUUGCUGGAGGAUAUUACAUUCAGCAAAUUCCCCCUUUCAUAGUUUGGUUAAAAUAUCUGAGCUACAGCUACUAUUGCUACAAGUUGCUACUAGGAGUGCAAUACAACGACAACGACUACUACGAGUGUUCAAAAGGAGUCUAUUGCCAAGUUGCAGAUUUCCCAGCAAUAAAAUCAGUAGGCCUGAACAAUAUGUGGAUGGAUGUAUUGAUCAUGGCUCUAAUGUUAGUGGGAUAUCGGCUUGUUGCUUAUCUAGCACUCAACCGUGUACGAUGAAGACGUGCAGAGGGGACCAUUUCAAGAGCAAAGUGGAAGGUUUUUUUUUUUUUAAUUCCUCAACAACAUAGUAAUAAUGUUAGGUUUAGAUUAUGAUCGCAUUGCCAGAUUUUGAUCAUAUACACCAAGAAUUUGAAUGUAGUACCACUCUGGCAAUGUUUUACAUAACUGACUUAGGAAAGAAUAAAUCUGUAACAUUUUGAACGAAAUAAAUAUCCUUUAAGCAAA